UCUCCCAUGAGAAAACUCUGUGUUUUUUUUUUGUUGGUUUAAUCAUAUUAGAUAGGAAGUGCGGCUGGGUGUUUGACAAACAUAAACAGAAUUAUGAUUUUUCUAUCAGAGCCAAUCGCAAAUUUAUUUAUCGUGGCAGAUUAAUUAGAAAUUGCCAAAAAAGUAUCUUUUUUUAGGAACCCAUUUGCGUAUAAAUGCUCCAUUACUGAUUUACUGCCUCUGCCUAAGAAUAAGUUUUCUGAUUUCUCAUAGACUGUAGAACUUGUUGAUCAAUAACCGGCGGCGAACAUUGGAGGGUUGAAAAUGAUCAUCAACGUUAAGGAGUCGAACAUGGUGCGCCCGGCGGAGGAGACGCCGCAGAAGGGGCUGUGGAACUCCAACGUGGACCUGGUGGUGCCCAGAUUCCACACCCCUAGCGUCUAUUUUUACAGACCCACCGGAGCCUCCAACUUCUUCGAUCCGCAAGUGCUCAAGGAGGCUCUGAGCAAGGCCCUCGUGCCGUUCUAUCCAAUGGCGGGGAGGCUAAGGCGCGAUGAGGAUGGUCGUAUUGAGAUCAAUUGCAAUGGUGAAGGUGUCCAAUUGGAUCUGGCUGAAACUAACUCUGUGAUUGAUGAUUUCGGUGAUUUUGCACCCACCAUGGAGCUGAAGCAACUCAUUCCAACUGUCGAUUAUUCUGGCGAUAUAGGCUCUUUUCCUCUCUUGGUGUUGCAGUUCACAUACUUCAAGUGUGGGGGAGUCUCCCUUGGUGUUGGCAUGCAACAUCAUGCGGCAGAUGGAUUUUCUGGUCUUCACUUUGUGAACACAUGGUCAGACAUGGCUCGUGGUCUGGAGCUCACAAUUCCACCAUUCAUCGACCGCACCCUACUCCGAGCGCGGAACCCACCUCAGCCACAAUUCCCUCACAUUGAGUACCAACAGCCUCCAUCCUUGAAAGCUCCAACAAAACCCCUGUCUGGUCCUGAAAGCACAACAGCUGUGGGCAUUUUCAAGUUGUCUCGCGACCAGCUUAUCACCCUCAAAGGCAAGAGCAAGGAAGGUGGUAAUACAGUCAACUACAGCUCAUAUGAGAUGUUGGCCAGUCAUGUAUGGAGGUCCGCGUGCAGGGCACGGGGUCUAACCGACGAUCAGGAGACUAAAUUGUACAUUGCAACUGAUGGACGGUCAAGACUGCAACCUCCUCUGCCUCCCGGUUACUUUGGCAAUGUAAUCUUUACUGCCACACCGAUUGCUGUAGCGGGUGAUCUCCAAUCAAAACCAGCAUGGUACGCAGCAAGCCAGAUUCAUGACGCAUUGGCAAGGAUGGACAACGAUUACUUAAGGUCGGCCCUUGAUUACCUAGAGCUGCAACCUGACUUAUCGAAGCUUGUCCGCGGGGCUCAUACUUUCCAGUGUCCGAAUCUCGGGAUAACUAGCUGGGUAAGGCUGCCGAUUCAUGAUGCAGAUUUUGGUUGGGGUCGGCCAAUUUUUAUGGGGCCUGGUGGGAUUGCAUAUGAGGGGUUGUCGUUUAUCUUGCCAAGUCCGAUUAGUGAUGGGAGCUUAUCAGUGGCCAUCUCUUUGCAAUCUGAACACAUGAAACUAUUUGAGAAGUUCAUAUAUGACAUUUAAGAAAGCAAAGCAGCUGCUGACCACUCACUUGUGGAAUUUCUUUCACGUUAUGUUCUUGUUCUCUCUACUCUCUAUACUUUGUUGAUGCCUACUCAUAAGUCAAUAUAAUGUACAAUAAAAGGUUGUUUUUUUUUUUUG